AUGACUGAAGUGACAGAAAUGACUGAUGUGACUAAAGUGAAUGUGGUGACUGAAGUGACAGAAGGGACUAAAGUGACUGAAGUGAAUGAAGUGAAUGAAGUGAAUGAAGUGAAUGAAGUGAAUGAAGUGAAUGAAGUGAAUGAAGUGAAUGAAGUGAAUGAAGUGAAUGAAGUGAAUGAAGUGAAUGAAGUGAAUGAAGUGAAUGAAGUGAAUGAAGUGAAUGAAGUGAAUGAAGUGAAUGAAGUGAAUGAAGUGAAUGAAGUGAAUGAAGUGAAUGAAGUGAAUGAAGUGAAUGAAGUGAAUGAAGUGAAUGAAGUGAAUGAAGUGAAUGAAGUGAAUGAAGUGAAUGAAGUGAAUGAAGUGAAUGAAGUGAAUGAAGUGAAUGAAGUGAAUGAAGUGAAUGAAGUGAAUGAAGUGAAUGAAGUGAGUGAAGUGAUGAAUGAAGUGAAUGAAGUGAAUGAAGUGAAUGAAGUGAAUGAAGUGAAUGAAGUGAAUGAAGUGAAUGAAGUGAAUGAAGUGAAUGAAGUGAAUGAAGUGAAUGAAGUGAACGAAGUGAACGAAGUGACAGAAGUGCCUGAAGUGAAUGAAAUGAAUGAAGUGAAUGAAGUGAAUGAAGCCAAUGAAGCGAAUGAAGCGAAUGAAGCGAAUGAAGCGAAUGAAGCGAAUGAAGCGAAUGAAGCGAAUGAAGCGAAUGAAGCGAAUGAAGCGAAUGAAGCGAAUGAAGCGAAUGAAGCGAAUGAAGCGAAUGAAGCGAAUGAAGCGAAUGAAGCGAAUGAAGUGAAUGAAGUGAGUUAAGUAAAUAAUUAUGAAGUGAGUGAAGUGAAUGAAGUGAAUGAAGUGAAUGAAGUGAAUGAAGUGAAUGAAGUGAAUGAAGUGAAUGAAACAAAUUUAAGGAAAUAA